ACCUUGUCGUGGCUGCCGGUCGAUAUAGCUGCCGAAGCCCUCAGCGAGAUUCUCUUCCAUCAAGAACCACUCAGUGCAGUCUACCAUCUAGAGAACCCAGCCCGGCAGAGCUGGGAGGAAGUUGUCAGACUGAUGUCUGAGGAACUACGGAUAAGCAGGUCGUCCAUCAUCCCGCUCGAGGCCUGGCUCGACUUGGUCGAUACUAUACCGGAACCAGGCAACCCUGCUGCAGGUCUCACACGAUUCCUUCGAGAGGAUUUCGCCAAAAUGUCGUGUGGAUUUGUUGUCCUAGAUACCAGCAAUUCUCGCAAUGUGAGUUCGACCUUGGCCAAUAUGACGUCGACCAUUAGCAGACAAUCCGGCUACCAUAUCACGUUCUGUCUCAAGUUUCUGCCCGGCGACCUCGACAUGCUAUUUGCCGUUGUACUGUGGGGGCACAACGACAUCACAGAGAUAGCGUCGUAG